AUGCUAUUUGUACAAGUCCGGGUAACUAAGAAUGUGCUAAUAGUUACCGUGCCGUGUAUUUUUUUAAGCAUGGAUAGCUCCAUUGGCAAUAUUGAUGAUGGUCCUCAAAUGAUGAGUGAGGAGCAAGAUUGGAUACCUAGGAUUGGUAUGGAGUUUGACACAUUAGAUUGUGCAUUUCAGUUUUGGAAAGAGGGUCAAAAGAGAGGAAAGAAAGAUGAAGAUGAUAUGAUUCGUCAUCGUUCGUCUUCAAGAACCAAUUGCAAAGCAAGGUUUAAAGUUUUUUUAGACAAGGAGAGAGAGAAAUAUAUAGUGAAGGAGUUUGUAGAGGAACAUAAUCAUGAGUUACAACUUCCGACUACUACUCAUAUGCUUAGGUCACAUAGAGAGCUCACCACGGCACAUGCACUGACAAUUGAAUUGGCUUCUGAUUCAGGACUUACUCCUAAAGUGACACAAGAAUUAAUGAGCAGGGAAGCUGGUGAUAGGCUAAGCUUGGGUUUGUUAUUGAAGAUUAGAAAUCAUAAUUAA